AUGGUGAGGACGAAGCAAGAAAUCAAGCCGAUCGAGGACAAGGCCAAGCGGCACACGACGUUCACCAAGCGGCGGCAGGGACUCAUCAAGAAGGCGCAGAGCUUCGCCGCCAAGUUCGACGCGCAGGCGGCGGUCGUCGCCUUCUCCAAGGCCGGGAACGUCUUUGCCUUCGGCGACCCGUCCGUGGAAGGCGUGGUCGACCGAUACCUCGCCGCGGAGGAGGAGGAGGUGGAGGAUGGGGGAAGAAGAGCGGCGGCGGGGCUGGCCGAGGAGGAUGCGCGGAGGAUAAUCGGGGAGGCGCUGAGGGCGGGGAGCUGGGGCACCGCGAUGGAGGGCCUGGACGAGGCGGGGAUGGACUGCCUGGCGGCGGAGAUUGCCAGGAUCAAGAGGGCGGUGACGGCGCGUGCGGCGGAGGUAGCGGCGCGCGAGGGUGAGGGGGAGGAUGGAAGNAUAUUGAUUUGUUAA